AUGAGUAGAAGAAACGGAAGUGGGCCAAAGCUAGAUUUGAAGCUGAAUUUGUCACCACCAAGGGUGAACAGAAGAAUGGAAUCAUCACCAACACGAUCAGCGUCGGUGUCGCCGCCGAGUUCAUGUGUUUCAUCUGAGAAUGGAUCAAGCAGCCCUGAAGCAACCUCCAUGCUGUUAGUAGGUUGUCCUCGUUGUCUCAUGUAUGUGAUGCUCUCUGAGAAUGAUCCAAAAUGUCCAAAAUGUCACAGCACCGUUUUGCUUGAUUUUCUCAACGCUGAGAACAACAACAAUAAGAAGAGUUAG